GUAGGAGGACCACAUGCUGGGUUCGUUCUGGUUUAGGAUAACAGGAAAGGAACACUUUUGUCUAGGCUCCUUGGCUAGGUAUUACUGUUGAAUCCGUGGAGAUUUAACUGUAUGGGAGGACGGUUAUGAAUCUUUAGCGUCCUUUGUGACUCCUCGGAUUGAACAGUAACAUGUUGGUUAGGGUUAUUAAGGAUCACAAGUCCUCAGUACUUUGUCCUCCUUACAAACAUCCUUUCUUGGCUCUUGGAUGAGGCCCAGAGAAAACAGUCGUUCGAUAAUCGCUGGAUGAGUGACACGUCUCUCGGCCAUGAUUCGUCGGUGGUCUAAGUGGUGUGGCCUGCUGUAAAACGGUAGAAUUAAAUGAGCCUGAAGAACGUGAACGAUGGAAAUAGCUAAGGAGUCGGGAUCAAAGUCGAUUCUGAGGCCUCAUCUCUGCCUUCAUGCCUGAUCAGUGUUCAGGAGCUAACCGUUGAGCACACAACAGACCAGAGAGCAGAGACGUUUCCCCGAAGACCUGUCAGGCAGCGCAGACACGGUAGAGGGUAAUAAAUGCUAGAACGCUUUAAAAAACGGUUGUGCACGAUUCACACCAACAAGUAGGAUGUCAUGGCAAGGUAACGGCAUACUGGCACAAUAUAGGCCAGGCCUAUUCCCUGUUCACACACGCACAGCCUCACAAAGGGCAGAGAAAGAUUUACUUUCUUUACAAUAGCCUGCGGGACGAGUGAAAGUUCCCCUAGCUGGCAGUGUCCCAUAUCUUUGGGAACGAAAUGGGUGGGAUUUACGGGAAAUCGGUGUUUGACUUAGGGAGAGUGAAACUGAAAGUGUUAUCGGAGCAUAUAAAAGGUGUGCAGGACAAACAGCCUGUCAAUGGGUCCUUGUACCUGGGUCAGGAGGAACAGAAAUAGACACAGACCAGAGAACUGAGACAGAAUGUCUUUCCGGGUGGCUGCGCUUCUUCUGCUGACGGUACAACUCUGGAGUCAUGAUGUAUCAGCGAACACAGACAAGGCGGUUGACUGCUGCUUGUCAACGACCAAUCGCAAAAUCCCCCAGGGGGUUGUUCAAUCCUACUUCAUCCAGAGCGUCAGCGGAGGCUGUCGCAUCCCUGCUACAGUGUUCGUCACCAAGAAGAAUAUCAGGCUGUGCGCCCCCCCGGCCUCUAGGAACAACUGGGUGGCCCGGCUCAUCAGGAAGCUGGAACCCGAAACCAAGCAGAGAGGACCAACCAAAACGAGAAGAAACAAAAAAGGGAAGAGAAAAGGGGAAUGGCGUGCUUCAUGAGAUCCGUUAAUGAUCAUCCUCAUCGAGGCUGAAACUGGGCUGAUCCUCUGACAGGUUCUGGCUCUGGGGCAAAGGCAUGACUGUUGUGUCUGUGCAUUCCUUCGAUCAAAGAAAACUAUCCAGGAUCUGUUUUUCAUUUCAACUUUUCAUUUUUGAACUCUGGUUUUUGUUUCACCAUUUACUCUUUGAUAACGUUUCUCACGGUUUUUAUAAGCUAUUUUUUAUAUUUUAUGUAAAUAAAGAAAAUGUAUUUUA